GACUCAGUCCCUUGCCGGCGGGUCUGGGCAGCGGAGGAGGGUGUUUGGUAGUGGCUGGAGGCUUCGCUAUGGGAAGUUGUCCCUUUGCUCUCUCUGGGCCAGCCCUCCUCCCUGGUUCUCCGCAGCCGCUGUCUGAGGAGAGCGCCGGGAGGCGCAGGCUGCAGCCGCGGCUGUUUCUCCCAGCCCGGGCGGCCGCGCCGCUCGGCAGGUGCUGAGCGCCUCCAGAGCUCCCUUGCCACCUCCCUCCCCUGUCCGGCUGCCCGGCUGCCGCAGUGCACAUGGGGUGUUGGAGGUAGAUGGGCUCCCGGCCCGGGAGGCGGCGGUGGAUGCGGCGCUGGACAGUAGCAGCCGCCGAUUCCAGCUGCCGUGGGGCCACGAGCCCCGGGCGUCCCUGCGAGCCCCCGGCUCAGCCAUGGGGACCUCCGCGAGCAGCAGCACCGCCCUCGCCUCUUGCAGCCGCAUCGCCGGCGGAAUUGGAGCCACGAUGAUCGUGGGCUCCCUUCUCCUGCUUGGAUUCCUUAGCACCACYUCGGCUCAGCCAGAACCGAAGGCCCCAAGUCUCAUUGGCACAUACCGCCAUGUUGACCGUGCAACUGGCCAGGUGCUAACCUGUGACAAGUGUCCAGCAGGAACCUAUGUCUCCGAGCAUUGUACCAACACAAGCCUGCGAGUUUGCAGCAGUUGCCCUCCAGGGACCUUUACUAGGCAUGAAAAUGGCAUAGAGAGAUGCCAUGACUGUAGUCAGCCAUGCCCACGGCCAAUGGUUGAGACAUUACCUUGUGCUGCCUUGACUGACCGAGAAUGCACUUGCCCACCUGGCACGUUCCAGUCUAAUGGUACCUGCGCACCCCAUACAGUGUGUCCUGUGGGCUGGGGUGUGCGGAAGAAAGGGACAGAGAACGAGGACGUGCGGUGUAAGCAGUGCCCUCGGGGUACCUUCUCUGAUGUGCCUUCUAGUGUGAUGAAAUGCAAAACAUACACAGACUGUCUGAGUCAGAACCUGGUGGUGAUCAAGCCGGGGACCAAGGAGACAGACAACGUCUGUGGCACACACCUGGCCUCCAGCACGGCCCCGCCUUCCCCUGGCACAGCCAUCUUUUCAAGCCCUGAGCACAUGGAAUCCCAUGAAGUCCCUUCUUCCACUUAUGUUCCCAAAGGCAUGACCUCAACAGAAUCCAACUCUUCUGCCUCUGUUAGACCAAAGGUACUGAGUAGCAUCCAAGAAGGGACAGUCCCUGACAACACAAGCUCAGCCAGUGGGGAGGAAGGCGUGAACAAGACCCUCCCAAGCCUCCAGAUAGUCAGCCACCAGCAAGGCCCCCACCACCGACACAUCCUCAAGCUGCUGCCAUCUAUGGAGGCCACCGGGGGCGAAAAGUCCAGCACACCCAUCAAGGGCCCCAAGAGGGGCCAUCCCAGACAGAACCUGCACAAGCAUUUUGACAUCAAUGAGCACUUGCCCUGGAUGAUUGUGCUUUUCCUGCUGCUGGUGCUUGUGGUGAUAGUAGUAUGCAGUAUCCGGAAAAGCUCCAGGACUCUGAAAAAGGGGCCCAGGCAGGAUCCCAGCGCCAUUGUGGAAAARGCGGCGCUGAAGAAAUCCAUGACUCCAACUCAGAACCGAGAGAAGUGGAUCUACUACUGCAAUGGCCAUGGUAUUGACAUCCUGAAGCUGGUCGCAGCCCAAGUGGGGAGCCAGUGGAAGGAUAUCUAUCAGUUUCUGUGCAAUGCCAGCGAGAGGGAGGUGGCCGCUUUCUCCAACGGAUACACAGCGGACCACGAGCGCGCCUACGCGGCCCUGCAGCACUGGACCAUCCGGGGCCCCGAGGCCAGCCUCGCCCAGUUAAUUAGUGCCCUGCGCCAGCACCGUCGCAACGAUGUCGUGGAAAAGAUUCGCGGGCUGAUGGAGGACACCACCCAGCUGGAGACUGACAAACUGGCCCUCCCAACAAGCCCCAGCCCACUUAGCCCAAGCCCCAUCCCCAGUCCUAACGUGAAACUUGAGAAUUCCACUCUCCUGACUGUGGAGCCCUCCCCGCUGGACAAGAACAAGGGCUUCUUCGUGGAUGAGUCCGAGCCCCUUCUCCGAUGUGACUCCACAUCCAGCGGAUCCUCGGCAUUGAGCAGGACGGGCUCCUUUAUUACCAAAGAAAAGAAGGACACAGUGUUGCGGCAGGUACGCCUGGACCCCUGUGAUUUGCAGCCUAUCUUCGAUGACAUGCUGCACAUUCUGAACCCUGAGGAGCUGCGGGUAAUUGAAGAGAUUCCCCAAGCUGAGGACAAACUAGACCGGCUAUUUGAGAUUAUUGGAGUCAAGAGCCAAGAAGCCAGUCAGACCCUGCUGGACUCUGUUUAUAGCCAUCUUCCUGAUCUGUUGUAGAAGUAGGGAGACUGCAUUCUGAGGAUCGUGCUGAAGAUUAGUGGCAGGGUGGUUUUGUUUUGUUCCUGACUUUUGUUUUUUUGAGGGUGUGUGUGUGUGUUUAACAGAAUAUAUGGCCAGUGUUUGAGUUCUUUCUUUUUCUUUACCCUUCUGGGAAGUUCGAUUAUAAGUCUUUUCAAGGUAUAACUGYUGCAAAAUAUCCACCACUAAAGGUUUUUAAGUUCUGUAUUAUCUCCGUUUUUGCCGCCUUAUGUAUUUUCAAAAUUGUUCUGUGCACUUUAAAUUCACUUAACUUACCAUAAAUCUCAGUGUGACUUUUCCUGCACACUGGAUUAUGGGGCUCUUAACUUCUUAAAAGUGUAAAUGGCAUCUCAUGAAUUCUAUAAGCAGUCUUUAUGUCUUUCAACACCUACUUUUUUUUUCCACACCUACUUUAAAAAAAUUAUUACUACCAUUUUUAUUAUUGUUUGUCCUUUACACAUGUUCUUAAGAAUUAAGGAAAUUUAAGACCCUGUUGAGUUACUGUAAUGCAAUUAGUCUUUGGAUUAUCUUUUUAAUAUGUCUGUGUGUAGUUCAUAUUCAUGGCUGAAACUUGACCACACUAUUGCCGAUUGUAUGGUUUUCACCUGGACAUUGUGCAGAAUGCUUGAUUACUUGUGCCCCUCUUAAUGUUAAUAUGCUCUGGGCUAGAGAAAUGAAAUCCUCAAGCCAUCCGGACUUGCCGUUUCAGUGGCUUGACACCUGGGCCACCAAAGAAUUUGAACUUCAUCUUUUAGGGAUUGAGCUGUUCUGGCACACAUUGCUGCACUUCGGAAAAUCAAAAUUGAGUGCCAGUGGCACCUUUUCCAUAGAGAAUUUGCCUAGCUUUGCUUUAAAAGAUGUCUGUUUUUAUACACACAUAGCCAAUAGAUCCAGUCUGCCCUCAAGGCCUUGAUCUUGCUGGAUUUCCUUCAUCAUUCAAACACUUUAAUUAAAAAUGGCUGCAGCUGUAAGAACUCUUGUCUGAUAUAUUUGCAACUAUGCUCCCAUUUAUAAACCUACUGUCUAAUGCUCAGUUGCCAGAUUCUAAUGCAAAGGUGGUGUGAACUCCCUUUGUGUGUUGGGGGUUUGUGGGUAGUGGUGAGGGACCGAUAUCAGAAAAAUGCCUUCAAGUGUACUAAUUUAUUAAUAAAUAUUAGGUGUUUGUUA